AUGCCAAAGCGUCUCGAUUCCUUGUUUCUUCUAGAUCUCAAUGAAUGUGCUCGAAGGGAAACGAACAAAUGCAAACAUAAAGAGGGUUGUGUCAACACUCAUGGAAGUUUCAGAUGUACAUGCACUGCUGGUUAUCGCUUGCAUUAUGAUUUAAGAACAUGCAAUGACGUUGAUGAAUGCGAGAAAAACACACAUAGCUGCAGCGCAAAUGGAUUUUGUCAUAAUACUCGAGGCAGUUACAGAUGUUCUUGUAAGAAUGGAUAUCAACUGGGCAGUGAUCAGAAGGCAUGUCGAGAUGUUGAUGAAUGCAAAACGUAUCAAAACAACUGCGAUUACAAAGCUGGUUGUCAGAAUACUGUUGGAAGUUUUAUAUGCAGUUGUCAAGCGGGAUACGAUCUUCACGCUGAUGGGAAAACAUGCAAAGACGUGGAUGAAUGUGUUAAUAGCGACUGUCAACAGAACUGUGUCAACUACCUCGGUGGAUACAAUUGCUCCUGUAAUACUGGAUACCGAAGAAACAAAGCAAACUAUCAGUAUUGUGAUGAUAUAGAUGAAUGUUUUGAGAAGAAAGAUGGAUGUUCUCAGAUCUGCACCAACAAAGAUGGUGAUUUCAGUUGCAGUUGUAAUCAAGGAUAUAAGCUUACCUGGGAUAAAAAACAUUGUAUUGAUAUUGAUGAAUGCUCCAGUACGCAGCAUGGUUGCGAUCAUAACUGCAGAAAUACACCUGGAUCAUACGAAUGUUUUUGCGAUGAAGGAUACGGUUUAUCCAGUGAUGGUAGAACCUGUAAAGGUAAACUAUGUUUAAUCAUUCACCCACCGGUGAACGGUAAUAUGGCCUGCUCAAGGAAAACAACCGGAGGUACAUGUGUCUUCUCUUGUUCAACCGGAUAUAAACAAAUUGGUUCACGCAUAAGAAGAUGCACUCCCUCGCGACGAUGGACUGGGAAAGAGGCAAAAUGCGAACCCAUCUAUUGUCCCGAACCUCCUGAACCAAGUAAUGGAUUCGUUUAUUCUCCGUGCGACACAAGGUUUAACUCAGAAUGCUUAGCGGGCUGUGAUGAUGGUUUCCAUAUCAACGAGACGUCAAAAUUAAGAUGUACAGUAAAUGGUCGAUGGGAGCCGCAUAAAAUAACAUGCAAUUUGGAAAAGGGAUGUGAAUCUAAUCCUUGUCUCCAUGGUGGCCAAUGUUUUGAUGUAACUUCCAGCGAGUUCUCGUGUGACUGCUCGACGACUGGGUACAAGGGAAAGACGUGCGAAAUUGGCUUCAUAAGUAUACCUGACUAUCCCACAAUAUUCGCAGAUGGUACUGCCACUUCUGUAGAGUUUCGAGUUUCACCACCAGACAAUGACCUGCAGGUGACCAUUUUCACCAAAAGUCUUGGACUUGAGUUUAAUCCAUCCAUGUUACAUUUCGAAAAAAAAACUACGACUUCGCAAUCUGUAGCAAUAACUGCCCAAAGACCAGGGGUUUAUUUCGUUGAGUAUUUUUUGUCUAAUUCUGGUUCAGCUGCGUUUGAGAAACCAGAAACAAAUGUGCUUAAUGUCGAAACUACUGAAAACUCGGUAUUGGAUAUUUUGGAAGAAGAUUACAAGACAUUUCCUUCUGGAUGCUACAGCGUCGAACGUCAACAGUGCCCUCGUUCACCAGUACGGAUUACAGCACGUUCAACGAGACCUUGGCGGCGAAUGUUUGGUAUAAUGAGUACUAAUGGCAUAGUGAGCUUCAGCAAUGGGGAAUUCGAAAUACCUUAUUCAAUAACAGGUGACAAGUUUAUAUCUAGAAAUCCAUCGAGUUUGAAUAAUAAUUGUGGAUCCAGUCCAGCAAAAAAGUAUUCCUUGGCUGAGAUGAUGAAGCGUCAAGUUCUAACCAAGUCUUUUCUAAACGUUGUGCGAGACAAUCUUCCGAAAUGGCUGGAUGUAAAACUACGAGGAAAUCUAACAUCAAGACCCCUGGUUGAAGGUGACAUUAAAAUGAAUUUCUUAUUUGGAAAACGUCUCCCUAAAAAAUUGAAAAUUAAGGACCAGAUAAUGACCGAUGAUGGAUUUUAUUCCUUGCUAAUAUCACCUGAUCUCAACCUCAUUGUUGAUGGAGACCAUGUUUCAUUGGGAUUGCCUGAUCGUGAAGCCAGUUUCUCUGUUGCUCUGGAGCUCUGUGGCACUCCUCCAUACAAUGUCGUCUUGAAACCGUCAACAAAUCUUGUUGAUGUGAUCAAGCAACUUUCCAUGUUUAAAAAACUGCGAGCCUACGGUUGGUCAUUAUCGAUAUUUUCCUUACAAAUUUCUCACAACGAAAGAAGUUUGAUUAUGGUUACAAAGUUUAACAAAGAUUUUAAAAUAUCAAACUCAGUGAACUCUCGCGUGGAUUUUGAUGGAACAUUAAACCUUAACGUUCACAACUUGGAAAACAUAACGGAUUCACUGUUAGAUAAAAAAUUGCAAGCUAAGCUUGAUGGUGAAAUAAUGCUCACUCUGGAAUUUAUUAUUGAAGGAAAAAUGACAAAGUUGUCCAUUAAAAUGGCACAGACAUUAAGCUACGCAACAUUUGGAGGGAGAGUUGAGGAUGAUUGCUUGCUUGAAAUGAAGCAAAAUACUCAAGGACUUUUAAUGGAAAACACGAUGGAGGAAAAUCCUUUUCUUUACACAGAACUUGACAGAUUUGUUGAACUUGAUCAACCUAGUAACAUGUCAUGUUUUCUUAGCGCAAUACUACACCAUGAAAAGAUAAGUAAGAACUCGCGCUAUCGUGAAUCAAGCAAUGGCGUCAAAAUGACUUUCCAUGGCAAUCUUAAGUUUGGUGCCUUACGCUUUGAAAACCUUGAAGUGAAGUUGCGUUUAGAAAGCCUUGCAUGCAAUAAUUCGUCCCAUAAGACUCGACCGGGGAUCAAUGCAGAGUUAAGUGGAAAAUAUGUGGAACAUUAUGGAACUUUACAGAGAAAACUUGGAAUUUUUAAAGUCAAUCGUAGUUCAAAAAUAAAUUUACAGAUUGGACGUGAAUCAGCUGCUGAUUCCGGGGGCUCUUUCUCCGGCAUUGCUAAUGUUCUUGGUUUUGAAAGUGUGGUAAACGUUGACAUAUCGCAAAGUGGCCUGGCAUUUUUUGUCAAGGGGAGAAUAAAUGGAUUGUUUGAUGCAUCUGCUACUUUAAAGUCUAGCUUGGUGCCAUGGAAUGAUCAGCGAUACACAGCAACUGGAGUUUUCGAGAUUAAAGAAGCCUCUGAUAACCUUGAUCGACUUUUGGAAAGAGAAAUUGAAAAAUACACGGCUGAAUAUUUAGCAAAAAUAAGAAAAAGACUUGAUCUUUCUGAAGAGAUAGAAAAUGGCGAAAAAUCCAGUCUGAGAGAAGUUCAGAUCCUUCAGGAAAAUUCGCGAAGGAAGAUGAAUGAAAUAAAUGCCGAGCGUAUAGAAAAGCAACUUAUCAAUUAUUGUCAGCGAAAGAAAAUUUGAAUCUUCUUCUCGAAUUCGUCAGUGGCUAUUCUGAUAAAAUUGGAUUGUUGAAUCAAAAAUUAAACAAACUUUGCGAGGUAAAAGACUGUCCUAAAAUUUGUCAUGAAGGAAAAUAUUGUACAACAUGUUGGAGGUAUACAUUUAUUGAGAAACACAAAACCUGUUCAUCAACGUGUCAUGUGACUCAAAAGGAGCGACAGCCACCAUACGAAGUGGAAACAACUUGUGAAAAUGAAAGAUGCAAAAGAGUUCAUCCGAAGAGAGAUUGGUUUGAGGCAAUACUAGCAGUAUUUGGGGUGGGAAGUAGACGUGGAUGGCAUUGUACUGUUUCUAACGAUAAAUGCACGAAGGCUAAAUUUGUGUAUGACUUUAUUCACAUUCCGUACAGCUGUGAUGAUACCUGUAUGCAAAAAGUGGUUAACACAUCACGAGAAGAAGAAUGUUGCUCCAAUGUUUCAUGUGCAUCGUUCAUUGCUAACGUCAGUUGUUUUGCUGAAAAUGCGCUUUGUAAGAAAGCAAGAAAAGAAGCUUUAAAGGAGAUCGCAAAAGUAGAAGCAGACGCAGCGAUGAUUAUUGGAAGCCUAGACAGUGCAAGGCAAAAUGUUUCGUUCUGGAGUAUGAAGAGAGAGAAAAUGUCCAUAAGAAAACUGGCAGCCCAGCGUUCUCUGGAUGCUUACGAGAGUGCUUCACGCAACCUUGAAAAGGCCUACAAUAUGACGAAAGAGAAUCGAAAAAGGAAAUUUGGAGCAUUAUCUAAGACGUUGUCGCUGUUGAAAGACCUUUCCAAUGGACAUGGUAGAACCCGUAUUAAUAUAAUAGAUAUUGGUUUUGAAACGAGAGUAUUGCCACAACAAGUUACUAACGUAUUACUUCUGAAUAUCAAGCUGCAGCUUAAUACGAAACAACAAGAAUUGUCAACUUUACUGGAUUUCAAUAACUUGGAGAAGUCGCUGCGAAAUAUUGCGAAAGAGAUUUUAGAAGAGUAUGUCAAAGAAAGUGACCAGUUAACCAGAAGAAAACGUUCUACCUUAAACAAGAAUGAUCUAAAUUUUGAAUUUUACACAUUACAAAGCUUCCACCGAUUAUGUUCAGAGUUUAGUAACUACAAACAAACUCUUAGUGAAGUCGCGACGUCACUUUUUGAAAGGGCUAAAAAGCUCCAAAAGCUUCGCAAUGAGGAAGUGCAAAAAAGAUUAUCCUUGUCUACAAACAACAGCGCCAUUUUUGCAAAUUUCAUUGUAAA